CGGUCUUUUCAGCAAAUUUCUCGUCAAAGAAGAGAGCAAUAUUUUCUACUGAAAACCAAAACGACAAUGGCGACUUUCCUUCCUUUGGAGAUAAUCGUCGACAUACUCUACCGCCUACCGGUGAAUGAUCUCCUGCGCUACAGGUGCGUCUCCAAGCAAUGGCGCUCCCUCAUCGACGGCCCUGAUUUCAUCAAGCUCCACCUCAAUCACUCCAAGCAAUCCAACUCCAACCUCGCCGCCGUUCUCUUCAACAAAAACGACAUCCUCAGGAUCGACCUCGACUCGCUCGGCGGCGCCGCCGCCGUCAAACUCAACCACCCAAUCGACGACGGCAGCGAGAUCUUCAUCUUGGGUUCUUGCAACGGCUUGGUCGCUCUCUUGAACUUCCGCGAGGACGUCGUUUUCUGGAACCCCUCCACCAGAAAAUACAGGAAACUACCCGCAUCUAAAGACGUCGACGAACCUUCUAGCUUUUACUACCAUGGUUUCCACUUUUACGGAUUUGGGCACGACCCCAUUAACGAUGACUACAAGCUGGUGAAGAUAACUCAGUUUCAUGGCGAACUUGAGGAUUCUUUCGAGUCCGAUAUUGCGGUUUACACCACAAAGACCGAUUCUUGGAGGAGUAGCAAGAUUUUCUUGCCUUAUUUGAUUGAUCUCAAGACGCCCAAUGGCGUUCUCCUAGGAAAUGCUUUGCAUUGGGUGGCUUCCAAACAGCCCCAAAAGUCUGAUUCUUCGGAGUCAAUUGUUGCGUUUGAUCUUGUGACCGAGCAGUACAUUGAGAUUCCAAAGCCCGAGUAUUGGAAGAAUGGGUAUGUUGAAAUGUUUUUGGACGUUUUGGGAUCGUCACUUUGUGUCACUUGUAACUAUUUCAUGGAAAUAAUUGUGGACAUGUUCUGGUCACGCAGGGUUGAUAUCUGGGUGAUGAAGGAAUAUGGGGUUAAGGGGUCUUGGAAUAAGAUGUUUACUGUGGAGCCCUCGGAGGCGAUUGGGAUUUUCGGUUACUUGGUUCCUUUUGCCUAUUUGAAGAGUGGCGAUCAAGUUAUUUUGCAUACAAACGAGAGGUUUAUAUUGUAUGAUCUGAGAAGGAAAAGAGCUAAGAAUGUGUCGAUUCGGGGUCUUCCCGAACAUUUUGGAAUGUUCUCAUGUAUGGCAAGCCUCGUUGAACUUAAUGGUGGUUGGGAUAGGAAGAAAAAGAAGCAAGAGAGGCAGAAGAAAGACCAUGAUGCAAAGCAACGGGAUGAUUUCCCGUCCAAAGGAUUUAAAUCGGUGUUAUAGGCAAGCAGUCUAAAAUAGAUUAUACAGAGAAAGGUUAAAGGUGUGAAAAUUUUACAGUUUCGUACCAUGCUAAUGUUCUAAUAAAAGAAAAAGAAAAAAGAAAAA